GACAGUUUGACCUUCAAGUGCUCGCAACCCCCAGCAGUGGACGAUGCCCUAGGAGCGUUGCCCUGCGCGACAUUGAAUGUGCAUGCUCGUUUCGACUACCAGAUUGUCCUAAUCUGAAACUUGUGUCAUUUCUGAUCGUUGUUGAUUGCUUUACCUAAUAAAUGUAGACUCCAUGUGUGCUCACCGAAUCGUUGGCCUACAUUUUCCUGCCCUCCUAACGCUACUCUGCAUGCUCUCCUAAUACAGAAAGCCGCUUCUGACUUGACGCAAAAAGCUAAAAUGCUUUGAAAUCUGUUAGUCUGUUGGCUUACAGUUUUUUAACCCUUAUGUGCACAACGAACUCUAGCGGUAAUUUACAAUAUAGGGUUUUUACCAUCUGCGUUUGGAUUAAUCCAAUGAAUUCAUUGCGUCCGAACUCUGAUAACAUCCGUUUGACUUUAUGUAGUUUUGAAUCUGGUUCGUUAGUAUUUGUAUAUGACGAACGGUUCAAGCGGUAACCUGAGGAGUUAUGUCACCAGUUGGUAUCAGCUAGUUAUUAUUUAGGUUAUUAAUAUGUCUAAAGCGGUUUGAGGGCGAAAUGUGUGCAUUCGUCUGUCUAUUUUUCAUUUCUUAGUAUAAUGGCGUCUUUCCUUUGUAACCGACCAUAUAUUCGUUUUUUUUGGGAUUUCUCGCGAUGUAGGUUGGUCAUGACUGCUUAUACUCUAAUUUGUUUAUUCUUCCCAGUUCCUUUAUUUUUAAGACCAUUAUAGGCUUUUGAUCUAUACUUUUCUGUUCAGCAAAACAUCAUUAACCUACAGUCUAAGGAGACGGACGCUUGCUGAUCAUCAAACUUCGAAACUUAGUAAUCUUAUGUAUUCAUGCAAGACUUAAUUUUACUAUGUAAGAUUUACGUUCCCCAUGUUUAUUCAUGUGUUCCGUAGGUCACCAUCAUUGUCGUGCUUAAUGUUUAAAUACGAAAUAUCUCAACUGUAUUUGUAAUGUUUGCACCACCGAAGUACAUUUUUAGGGUCUCAAAAUUGGAAUGUUUUAUCACCUGUUUUUAGUAGCUUCGGUACAUUUCAAAACGGACUGAGGGAACCUAUCACGAAACAGUUUGGUCGCAAUUCAGCCAAUGGAAGCUACUAAUCUUUUAUCAACUUUGGAACUUCUGUGUGCACCCAAGAAGCUUGAUCGUGAAAAGGCGAAGAUCAGCUGAAUAACAUAUCCCUAACAUCUGACGAAGUUAAGUUGGUGUCAAGUUGGAUAGAAGAAAAGUUGGAAGGGCUGUCUAAUUGGGAAGACGUCUUUGGUGGGAUCACUGCAGCUAUCAUCCUACUUCGCAAUGCCGAUUAUCGAUCUCUGGUAGAUGUUGGUAUUGUCGGUAAAUUAGAAGAUCAAGCAGUUGAAUGUCAUGAUAACCCUGAAUUCCGAGUUCGGAUAGCUGCAGGUCAACUUAUGGGUUCCCUCUGUCGACAUGCUGGAUUAUCUUUGUUUAUCCGGUACUUACCCACUGUAAUUCAGGGUGUCGUCACUAAUUUAGAAAGAAAUACUGAAGCCCCUGUAUCUGAAGCUGAGUUAUCUCUACGAGAACUCAACUUAGCUAAGGAAUGCAGUACUAAUUUGAGCAGCAGUUCUCUAUCUAUUUUCCAUGAUACAGCAGGUUGGAAAAACUUGGAAACAUGGAUGAAGUGUUUACAGGAAAUGGUUUCAAAUCUUCCAUCCAAGGAUUUCAUUAAAGUGGAUAGAACUAUUAUUUUGGAACUUAUUUUUAAAGCUGUUCAGCACGUCAAUCGUUUUGUUCGUGAAACAGGUUAUGAUGUUUUAUCAACAAUGAUUUCUCGUCAUUUAUGUUACACGGAGCCAGAAGCAAGGGAAGCAACUUAUAUCAACGUUGCAACUCAACUCGCUAAGGGUUUAUCAGAUAAUUGGAGUCAAGUCCGUAUGGCCGCUUCCAGAGCAGUACGAACUCUUUUUGAGGUUGAUCCUCCCUCUGGAUAUACGAGAGAUGAUAUUUACCCUAUUCUUUUACCAGCUAUGUGUUUAAACAGAUAUUACGUUGCUGAAGGCGUCAGGAUUUAUAGUCAGGAUACUUGGUGUCGUGUUACUCAAGGAGAAGGUCGAAAGUUACUUGGUCAAUAUUUAGUUCCAGCUGUCGAUUAUUACAUUCAACAAAGUGAUGCCGAUAAUCAUGCGGUUCGUGAGGCUUCUUGCGCGUCUAUGGCUGAGAUUGUAACUAAAUUAGAUCCAAAUUUGCUACUACCAUGUGUCAGUAAAUUGCUGGAUGCCUUAAUUGUAUGCUUUGGAGAUGAAAGUUGGCCAGUAAGAGAUGCGGCCUGUGUUGCACUUGGUUCAUUGAUUUCCACCUUUCCUAAUGAGACACGCGCGGCUGGCUACGAUAAUUUAAUGGCUACACAAUUCUUACGAAACCUUAGUGAUAGUAUUCCAUCAGUCCGUGAUGGUGCAGCUAAAUCGAUUGCUGCGAUUUUAAAAUCAGUUGGUGAUCAAAAUUUAUUCCAAGUAAUUUUUUCUGUUUCUAUAUUGUGUGUCCAUAUAUUGAUGUUUGAAUUUUCCGUGAUACCUGUUUCUGUUAUGUCUGCCAAAUGCUGAACUUACUUGUGCUUGGUAUUAAAAUUUAAAAUCCAGCGACGAGUAGUAGUAAGAACACAUACUGGUGAUAGGAAUUUUUUGUCAACCCAAAUAAGUCAAACUGUUAUCUCAUCACAUUACUUUUCCUUUGAUUUAUUUACAGUCAUAUUAAUGACCAGAUUUCUAUAAUUUGAAUUGAAUAGUAUUUAACACCAACUAAUCAUUAACUUACUAUGUGGACACGUAUUUACAAUAUCCUACCGAUUGACUUAAUUUUACCUUUUUUGAUCUGCUGUCAUAUCAUCCUUCCCAGCUGAAACUAGGUCCAACUUCUCGAAUACAACUGAAGGCUUUGCACGUAAUUUCCGUUCAGUAUUUUCAACUUGUAGGGGUGUAUUAAUAUCUUCCGUCCAACUUGUUUGCACUAAUCUUAUCAAAUUUUUUAUUUGGUGUAGCAAGUAUUUGUAUCUUUAGAUAAGGGAUUGGUGGAGAUCGAUCAGCUUUUAUUUAGUUUUCAUCGUAAGCUUAUAUUAACUGGGGUACUAUUAAAUACCAAGACACAUCCAAUCACUUUCUUCCUAGUUUGUGACCCAUAAAUCUACAUACGACCAAACUUUGAAUUUUCAGAUCUCUCAGCGAGCACGAUACCUCUUUGUGCACUAAAUGGAAACACAGUAUUUCACAUUUUCAACUUCAUUCAGCGCAACUAUCAUCCAGUCCCAUCAGUGGUAUUUGUAAAGUUCUCCAUAUUUUUAAAUUCCGCCACUCAUAGUUUCAUUUGAAGUACUUUUCAUAUUUUCCUAUCUUUCAUCUUGAUUGUCUCUUGUGGAUAUCUCAAUUAUCUUCAGAAUAAAUAUGUAUUUACAAAUCUGAGUGUCAAACCACCUGAUUGUACUAUGGUGCGUAGUUUAGGUUGUUUACUUUGUUUAUUGAUCUGUCCAUGAUUUGUUUAACUAGGUCCUAGUGGAGGAACUUGUGCUAUCAAACAAGUUAUUACUAAGGCAAUAACUUAUUUGUGGAGGUACGUGAAGGUACGUUUAAUUCCCACACAGAUAUCACCUAUAUACACUUCUUCUUUAAACGUUUCGGCAAUUAGUUACUUAUCUAAAUCUGCUUAAUCGAUUUGGGCUACAUCUGACGGACAUUUUCAUCAGGUAAAAAUAAGCUGAGAUAUUAAUAUUUCUUUAGGACGUUUCGAAUAUUUAAAGUAGUGUUGAAACUAAGGGCAAAUGUUGUAAACAAAUGUAAAUCAGUUGAUAUCCGGAUGAGUAUCUAGUAAUUGAAUGGACGGGAAUAUUUACUGUUUGCUCAGUCCAUCUUAACAUGGGGAUUAAAAUUAACACAAGGAACUUAACAAAAUGUUCGGGUUUUAAAUUAGAAUAUGGUAUCAGUGUAAGCUGUCUAAAUACCUUUAUGUAAUGGUCAAAACCGAAUUUGAUUUUUUGUUUGUAAAAAAGUUUAGUAACAUGCUAAUCUGCAUCAUAUAUUGUUGUUAGGUUUAUUUGUUUUCACACUUUGAAUUGUCCACCAUAUUUUCACUAACAGUGGUCUGAAUUAGGCAAUUAGAAUAAUUAAUAAUCUGUUUAUUUCAUUAUCAUACCAUUGGAUAUGAAUGCGGUUAUUUCCGUUUUAAUCAAUUUUCCCAAGCAUUAUAUCAAUCAUAUCGUAGAGAAAAUUGAUGGAUUAAGCAAACAGCCUAAAGAAUCUCAUGGUGCAGAAUCUAGUCGUGUAUCUGGGAAGGGACCAGGAGCAUCUCAUGUUACUGUUCACAGUGGAGAUGCUGCUCAUGAUAGUCGUCAUACUGAUCAAGUUAUGUACUCCUGUGGAUCCUUGGCCCCGAAGCUUCAGAAAGGUAUGUUAACUACUCAUCACUCUUUGAGAUAACUCUUUCUAAGUAAGUCUAAUUUUACUGAUAUCAGUUUUCGAUACGAUGCCCGAAAAUUUGGUUUAACAGACAGGUCUUUAUUCGUUUGAGAAUAAGUGAUCUUUAGGCUAAUUUUCCACAGUCAUGACAUUUUACUGUUCUUUAUGUGUUCAUAUUUUGAAUAUAGGCAUGUUAUUUUGUUAGAUAAAUACCCAUUCACUUGGCUAGUAAUCUUUUUUUAUUUCAAAUCAUUCGGGGUCUCCAGUCAAGAAUUCGUUCUUAUGAUCAGCUAUCCACUUGACCACGUCAUUGAUCGCGUUAACCUCUCGAUAAACAUUCUAGCUACCGGAAAUUUCAUCUGUUCAAUCAGUAGUUUUAAUAUUUUCAUACUUAUUUAUUCACUAUCAGAUGUAUAAGGGCUGAUGUCACUUCCCAGUUGCCCACACUGUACAAGUGUAUUUCUUGAGGAACCUGAAAAGGAAGUUAAAUUACUGUUGGUCUUAACGACCUGGGAGCGUAACCACAGAGCCCAAGGGACAACUACUUGAGGCCGGCCGCGCAAGGCCUUUUUGUGGGAAGUUUUAACGUGUUAACUCUGUUCUUCAAAAGGCCUUACCGCCGAAGAUGGGAAUCCGUGAGGUAAGGUGAGGUUCUAUAUUGUUAGGGUCGACCCUUUCUAAUCCCGUCCUUCGUUGUGAGAAGGCAGCGUCGCUGUAGAUGCUAGUUGCCCGAGGAAAACGUCUUACUUCUGUCACACUCCUCUUCAGUCAGCAGUACGACUUUUCUCAAAAAACAGUAAAUCCAGAGAAGGAUUUUGUCUUUUUUACCUGCAUGUCUUGGUGAGUGUAGUUCAGUAGUUCAGGGGUAUUAUUCAAUCACUGGUAAUGAAUAACAUAUUAAAUUCAUACAGUUUUUUAUUCGCUCUAGCACUUAGUUUCUGCAUCAUGUAAUGUCGUUUUAGAAAAUAAAAGUACAUGAGUACAAGAAAUAUUUUCCCCAUAAUAGUAACUAAUAGUGUGGUGUGUGCUACUUAUAUUAACAUAAGUAGUAUAUGACGUUAGUCGUGAACAGAAGGUCUGGCAGCAGAGAGACAAGAGGAUCGAACAGUAAAGAAUAAAAACAGAAUGAAAUUUGUAUGAAUGUGCAAGAACAAUGAAGUCUGAGCCAUUUUGAGACAGUCGAUGGACAUUUUGCAAAUUAAGCAUUUACUUUAUUUUAGAUUUUAUCAACAAGUCCUGUAAUUUUGUGUUAAAUACAUUCGAUUGUCCCCACUAGUGUUCUUGUUCACUACAAUUGUAAUAUUAUUAAAAUUUUUAUGAUACCAUUUACUGUUGAACAAGAACUGUGUUGAUAGGUGCAUAUUUUCUAGCUGCAGCCCGUAUGAUUAUCGAAAUGUAUGUUUGGAGAAUGAUUUUCAUGCUUGAAAUCAACUGCACAAAUGUAUUUAUUAUUCAUCUUUCUCUAAAUCGUAUGUUUCAUCGUCUUUAAACUAUUUUUAUAUCAUAAUUUGUUUAUUGACAUGCGAAUGUAUUAAAUACUAAAGUGAUACACAUUUGUGAUAAAUUAUAGGCUUGCAUGACUAACUGUUAUAUUUGAUUUGUGGAAAUUUAACAAUCCAGUAAUAAUUUUAUCAUAGCUGUUGACAGUUUUGACUUUAAAAUUCGUUUUGUUUCCUUGUAUAUUGUAGGUGGGUAUUAUUAUGGUAUUGUGGAUCACACGAAAAUAGACAUUUCAGUUCUAACGGUUCAGAUAUAUUAUUCUAUAUUGUAUUUUUAUGCUCAUCACAAUUUAGUCGUUUGACUAAAAUUUCUAAACAAAUAAAUUUUAAGAGUCAAUCUUACCAUGUUGAUAUUUUCUCACUAUAUUUACAUACGACUGCAAAUAUUUCAGGUCGAAAAGGUGGUGGUUGUCAUAAUGGUCUUCAUCAACGUGCCAGUGAACCUUGGGAAGAGGCUGAUGGCGCAAUUCGCUUGAUCGGUCAAAUAUCAGACAAGUUCCCAAACCGAGUCACUGACGAUUUGAUUGAGCAACUAUUGAAGGGUUGUGAACAUCGAAAUUAUACACAUUAUCCUUAUUUUUUAGAAACUGCUUGCGAUGUAAUUGUACAGCUGUGUAAUCAUCUCGAAAAACCUCAAUUUAAAAAAUAUAUGGAUGCGUUUCUGGAAGUAUUGGCAACCGCAGUAGAAAGCAAGUUACCGCUGGCUGUUAAUGCUGCAUCGGAAUGCCUUAAAGCUAUAGGAAAUCGUUUUGGUCAACCGUGCUACGUGGUCGAAUUGAAAGUCACAUUAAUGCAUUUGUUUCUGAAAACCUAGUUGAUUUAUUACCUCCUGUGUGACACUUGCCAUUCUAUCCGGUACAACAAUUAAUGAUCAGCGUCACAAACUUUCUUUUAUAUGUGAAUCAACAAAUUUUUGUUACUAAUCGCUUAUAAUUUUAAAAAUAAAAACCUCAAUGUAAUUUUGAAUACAUUUAUUCAAAACAUGCAAUACACUGUGGUAUAUAAU